AUGUUAUCAAACGGUGGUAGAUUUACUUCCCGUUUAUUGAAAGCCUCAGUCUUAACUAGAGGACCACAAACAAAUCAAACAUCAAUAGCUUCUCAAUCAACAACACCAGCUAAAACUCCAGAAAAGAUAGAAGUUUUUAUUAAUGAUAAACCUGUUUUGGUUGAUCCAGGAAUGACAAUUCUUCAAGCAUGUGCUAUAGCAGAUAUUGAUAUACCACGUUUUUGUUAUCAUGAUCGUUUAUCAAUUGCUGGUAAUUGUAGAAUGUGCUUGGUUGAAGUAGAAAAAUCUAUCAAGCCUGUAGCUUCAUGUGCCAUGCCUGUUAUGAAGGGAAUGAGAGUUAAAACACAUUCUGAUUUUGCUAAAAAAGCUCGUGAAGGUGUAAUGGAAUUUUUACUUGUUAAUCAUCCUCUUGAUUGUCCAAUUUGUGAUCAAGGUGGAGAAUGUGAUUUACAAGAUCAAUCCAUGGCUUUUGGUAGUGAUAAGGGAAGAUUACAAAAUGAUUAUGAUGGAAAAAGAGCUGUAGAAGAUAAGGAUAUUGGUCCUCUUGUAAAGACAUCUAUGAACAGAUGUAUUCAAUGUACACGUUGCGUACGAUUUGCCAACGAAAUUGCUGGUGUAGCUGAUUUUGGAACAACUGGACGUGGAAAUGAAAUGCAAAUUGGUACAUAUGUUGAAAAAUUAUUUGCUUCUGAAUUGUCUGGAAAUGUCAUUGAUCUUUGUCCUGUUGGAGCUUUAACAUCUCGUCCAUAUAGUUUUAUGGCUCGUCCAUGGGAAACAAGAAAAACAGAAUCUGUUGAUGUAAUGGAUUCUUUAGGUUCAAAUAUUGUUGUUACUCAUCGUACAGGUGAGAUUUUUAGAAUCAUCCCAAGAAUGAAUGAUGAUGUUAAUGAAGAAUGGAUUUCUGACAAAACAAGAUUUGCUGUUGAUGGUUUGAAGAGACAAAGAUUAACUCAACCAAUGUUAAAGAAAGGUGGAAAUCUUGUACCUGUAACAUGGGAAGAAAUUUUAUUUACCAUUGCAAACAAAUUAAAAAGUACCCCAUCUGAUAAGGUUGCUGCAAUUGCUGGUGGUUUGAAUGAUGCUGAAUCAAUGGUUGCUUUAAAAGAUCUUUUCAAUAGACUAAAUUGUGAAAAUAUUUACACCGAAGAUUAUUUCCCAACAUCUUCUGGUGGUAUUGACAUUCGUUCCAAUUAUGUCAUGAACGAUAAAAUUGCUGGUAUUGAAGAAUCUGAUGUUUUAUUGUUGGUUGGAACUAAUCCAAGAUACGAAGCUCCUGUUUUAAAUGCACGUAUUCGUAAGACAUACUUAGCUACACCAUUAGAAGUUGGUGUUAUUGGAUCUGAGGUUGAUCUUACUUACGAUUAUACUUAUCUUGGAUCAAAUGCUUCUGUUCUUGACGAUAUUGCUUCAACUGAAUUUGGCAAGAAGCUUGGUUCAGCAAAAUCACCUAUGAUUAUUGUUUCCUCUGAUGCUUUGAAAGGAGAAGAUGGAGCUAAAUUGUUAGGAAAUUUACAAACAAUUGCAUCAAAAUUAUCAGAAUCAUCCGGAAAAGCCGUUAUUAAUGUUUUGGCAAAAACUGCAGCUCAAACAGCUGCAUUUGACAUUGGUCUUAAACCAUUUAACACUUUAGGUGAUACCAAAGAUUUGAAAUUAGUAUAUCUUUUGGGAGCUGAUGAAACAGGACUUGAUAAAAGUAAACUUGACAAGGAUUGUUUUGUUAUUUAUCAAGGGCAUCAUGGAGAUUCAGGUGCUGAAAAUGCCGAUGCCAUUCUUCCUGGAUCAGCAUACACAGAAAAAGAUGGAAUAUAUGUUAAUACAGAAGGCCGUUCACAAGUAGGUUUCCCAGCCAUAGCCCCACCAGGAGAUGGGCGUGUUGAUUGGAAGAUUAUUCGUGCCAUAAGUGAAGUUACUGGUGUUAAACUUCCAUAUGAUUCUUUAAGAGAAAUUAGAUAUCGUCUCACACAAAUUGCACCACAUUUUGGUAAAACUGGCGCCGUUCAAAGUACAGGAUUUUUAAAACAAGCACUUCAACUUGCUACUACAGGAAAGAUUAAUAAAGAUUUAACAGUAAAACAAGUAAAAUUAGAAGAUUUUUACAUGACUAAUACAGUAUCAAGAGCUUCACCAACAAUGGCUGAAUGUAUAAAGGCAGCACAAAAGUAUACUUCUCAUCCACAUAAAGAUAGUUUCCAAGAAAAAGUUGCAGCAACAAAUUAG